CGAAGCAGUCGCAUCUGCUCUUCGUGGCACCGAACUCUUGGAGCAAUCAUCUUUUGAAUCGUGUAUGGCCAAUGGUUAACGUUUGACGAGAUGAUUGUAUAGAUCCGUUUAGCGAGCUAGCGACAGGACAGCCGCGCGCGUCGUGGCGAAGGCUGCAGGAUGGAGCAGCAGACGAAGACGACGACACAGCAAGAGGGCAAAGGCCUCACCACCAUGCAGCGGUCGAUCGUGGACAAGCCGCCAUUCACGCUAGCGGAUCUCAGGAAGGCCAUCCCGCCGCACUGCUUCCAGCGCUCGCUCAUCAGGUCCUGCUCCUACCUCGCCCACGACCUCGCCAUCGCCGCGGGGCUCCUGUACCUAGCUCUGGCCGUCAUCCCCGCCCUCCCGGGCGUCCUCCUCCGCGCCGCCGCCUGGCCGCUCUACUGGGCGGCGCAGGGCAGCAUCAUGUUCGGCGUGUGGGUGAUCGCGCACGAGUGCGGGCACAGCAGCUUCUCCCGCUACGGCCUCCUCAACGACGCCCUCGGCCUGGUGCUGCACUCGUGCCUCCUCGCGCCCUACUUCUCGUGGAAGUACAGCCACCAGCGCCACCACGCCAACACCGCGUCCCUGGAGCGCGACGAGGUGUUCGUGCCCAAGCAGAGGCCCGAGAUGCCGUGGUACUCCCCGCUCGUGUACAAGCGCGACAACCCCGUCGCCCGCCUGGUUCUCCUCGCCGUGCAGCUCACCGUCGGCUGGCCCAUGUACCUGGCGUUCAACACCUGGGGCCGCCGCUACUCCCGCUUCGCGUGCCACUUCGACCCCUACAGCCCCAUCUACGGCGACCGGGAGCGCGCCCAGAUCGCCGUCUCCGACGCCGGCGUCCUGGCCGUGUCGUUCGCGCUGUACAGGCUCGCCGCGGCCCACGGGCUCUGGCCCGUGGUCAGCGUCUACGGCGUGCCGCUGCUGGUGACGAACGCCUGGCUCGUGGUGGUCACGUACCUGCACCACACGCACCGCGCGCUCCCGCACUACGACUCCAGCGAGUGGGACUGGAUGCGCGGGGCGCUCGCCACCGUCGACCGCGACUACGGCGUCCUCAACCGCGUGUUCCACCACAUCGCCGACACGCAUAUCGCCCACCAUCUCUUCCCGGCCAUUCCGCACUACCACGCCAUGGAGGCCACCAGGGCGAUCCGUCCUGUCCUCGGCGACUACUACCGCUCCGACAGCACGCCCAUCGCCGAGGCGCUCUGGCGCGAGGCUAAAGAGUGCAUCUACGUCCAGCGCGACGACCAGAAGGGCGUAUUUUGGUACAGGAACGUGUUCUAGCUGCAGAGCUGCUGGACGACGCAAACCCCGAGCGGAGCCAUAGGGGCACAGAAAUAAUAUUAUUUGUGGUCUUGUACAUUUUGUUAUAUAUUUACCUUGCACAUGUCACAAAUAAAAAACUGGCAUAUAUAUAUAACAAAAUGUAUACUAUACGUAUAUAU